AUGACAUAUAAGACUCAAUCGGGUUCAUUUGCACUCGCAGCUGCUGAUUUCAAUAGAGAUGAUACAUUAGAUAUUGCAACUGCUAAUUAUAAGGCAAACAAUACGAGUAUAUUUUUUGGAAAUGGUGAUGGAACUGUUAUAGAGAAAAAGAUAAUUUCUACAGGUACUAGAUCCUUUCCUUAUGCCAUCGCUUGUAGUGAUUUAAAUAGAGAUAAUAUACUAGAACUUAUUGUUCCUAAUUCUGGUACGGGUAACAUCGGUAUAUUACUCGGAUAUGGCAAAGGAAAAUUUUGGAAACAACAGACUUAUUCAACUGGACAAGGUUCUAGUCCUCAGGAAAUAGCUGUUGGCGAUUUCAAUGGCGAUAGUCGAUUGGAUUUUGUAACUGUAGAUUAUAAUCAAAAUUCAAUCGGCGUCUUUUUAAGUACAUGUUCAUAA